AUGUCAGGACGCAGCAAAGGUGGUAAAGUGAAGCGAAAGGCAAAGUCUCAUUCGUCCAGGGCUGGUCUCCAGUUCCCCUUCGGCAGAAUUCACCGUCUGCUCCGCAAGGGCAACUACGCCAAGCGAGUGGGUGUCAGAGCUCCAACCUACCUGGCCACCGUCAUGGAGUAUCUCGCCGCCGAGGUUGUCGAGUUGCCCGGCAACGCGGCACGUAAUAACAAUAAGACCAGGAUCAUUCCCCGUCACCUGCAGCUGGCCAUCAGAAAUGAGGAGCUGAACAAACUCCUGUUCGGUGUCACCACCACCAAGGGAGGUGUUCUGCUCAACAACCAGGUCGUGCUUCUGCCGACGAACACCGAGAAGAUGGCUUAA